CCAUAUAAUUUUCGAAAAAAUUCUUCGCCUUAGCAUCCAGCUCGCUAAACACGCGAUGUAAUUUCCUACGGAGGUGGUAGUCGCGAUCGAUCGACUGUCACGGGCCGCGUGUUCUAGGGCCGCGAGUUUACGGCCAUGAACUUCCUCCUGACGACGGGCAUCCUUGAUCGUGGUCCCCGAUUCAUCUUUUAUGGUCGCCGGUCGUCUGAAUGAAAAGUGAAAAGCGGACGUCGUGGGAGCAGCGGAAAGGUACCGUUGGCAUACAUAUUUGUAUCGGAGAAAGUCGCCGCUCUCUCUCCCUCUCUUUCUCUCAUGGUUUCCUCGUAGCUGCAUCUACAUAAUAUCGAUGCAUUAACACCUUGCAUAACUCAGACUCGCAGUAUUAAUCAUCUCAUUAUGCGACCGUCUCGUAGAGACGGAGGUAUGUACGUUGCGUCGCAGCCGACGCUUUUCACGCUCAGCGUGUAACGCCAACUCCGUAUUCGCGGAAAAUCAUGCGAUGGAAAUCGAUACUGUUGGUGGAAUGUGAGAGUAGGAGUCGUAAUGAAAUAUUUCGGAUGUGAAAAUUUUAACAUCGCAUCGCGGCUCUCUGAUGCUUACAUGUUUCGUAUUAAAACGAAAUGGUUCUGAUUGCCCCAAUAAACGUGUUUUAUUAUUCAUAGCAGUAAAGAGUAAGCGAUAGGAUUAGCUAGCUGCGUAUUUUUCCAAAUUCCAUAGGAGCAACGAAUCGUUUCGCUUUAUUCACGAUCCCGCAUGCUUUUACAUUUUCUUUUGACCCCUUUGUAAUGCAAAUAAUGGUAUACGAUUCUCAUAACGGAAUAAAAUUAUUUCACCGUAAACUUUCAAAUCGAUCAAAUCUUUAUAGAAUAGAUUUUGCAUCUCUAAGCAACAAGCGCUUAUGGAACGCAUCUAUGUAGGUCCAAUUAACGAAACCAAUUAUGUAUAUAUCUUCGUCAACGUUUUAUAGAUGAAAAUUGCAUUAGAAGAAAGAUAAGAACAGGACGUAAGAAACACGUUAUUUAUAUUUCCAAGCACAAACGAUAUGUACGAUUCAAUGAGUAAUAAAUAAUGAUACUUCCAAUAACCGCUUUUUCCGUGACAAGAUAAUCGCCCUCAAAAUCCGUCGGUCCGUUGAGCGCAGACUGUCAUACGGAAAAGGCAUGAUUUGUCAUGAGAGAUUAUGCGGACCGUUAAAGUAGAAGUCGUUAUGUUCGCGGCUUCGUUUCGGCGAGUAUGAGGUGGUUAAAUUACGGUUUCUACGAGAAGCAGAUGAACGGUAACGCCUCCGUGAGGAUUCCGUCUGGCAGAGAAUCACGAAGGAUCAAGCGAUACUUCUUCUGGUGGAAAAAGGACAGCAUUAUCAUCGACAGUUGCUCGCAACGGUACUUACUACAUAGGCAAUGGAAAAUUUCUUCGAGAUGACCCAACCUUUUUUCCCGUCUUUUGAGCGAUCUCUGUAUCAACAGCGCUGAUGCCACGAUACUGGGAGUGUAGAAUUCGACGUCCGCAAUAUGUAUAUACACGGUACACUAACUCGCAGAAAUGCGUUGGUUUCGUGGCCACGCCGAGGCGCCAAGACUUUUAAGCUUAAGUCCUCUUCAAGCCGAUGAAGACCUUGACGGAGCAUCUUACCACUUUCAUGCCACGUCUCAGUACAGAGAUUUGUCUCCGGUGCGAUGGGCUCGCCGAAAAUCGUCGAGCUCGGAAUCGGAACGAAACUGCUACAACGUGCAAACAUCGAAAGUGACCACCGAGCGGAGUCCCACCAAGAAGAAUAAGAAAAGGAUUCAGCAGGAGAGGCGGAGAGUCUGCGAGAAACGGAAUCCUCUUUUGGACCGCGUAAAGAACGCCAGACUAAGCUUCUUCAAGGAUCGAGAUUCCGACGACGAAGACCAGGAAGAAGCCGAAGAUCCGGAGAAGUCGCAGCUUCGUUCUAUGUGCGAAUUGGACCAACGUGGCCUAACUAGAAACGAAUUUCGUAGAUCUGUCUGCGAGUCUGAUUUGAAAGAAAUUAUCGAAGAAGAGAAAACUCAGGCGAAGAGAAAAAGACGUUCGAAAUCACAAACCAGAUUGCCUUAUCGAAAGCAGCAAGAAGAACGCUUCUCUUUCGUAGGUUUUCGACAGUCUGCUGGCCAAAAGGUAGGAAACUUACCUAAAGAUGUCAACCAGGAAAGCGCUGCUCAGCAGAAUCGCAAAUGGCGGAAGAGCAAAGAGUUCUUUCAGGAUCAUCAGACACCUAAACGGUCGAUCGAUCACGUUUUGGAAGGUUCUACCAGCCGUCUAGAAGACCCAUCUUUCAAAGAUGGUACUCAAUUCGAUAGCAUAACGCCAUCGAGCUGUUUAGCCGCUAAGUUUCGAGCAAUGCAGGACAGGUACCUAAAAAGUUCCACUAGUAAGAUAAUAGCGAAGAUCUACAAGAAGGAAGGUAAAGACAAAGAAAGACGAAGACUGAGAAGCUUCUCGUACGGUACUCUGCCAGGCCUCGAGGAACUCAGGACGAAUCCGCUUUAUGAAGAACAAGAUCAGGAUGAUAACGAUUCUGGGAUUCUGGAUAACGACUCUGCUACCAGCUCUUUGCUCGACGACAGGUGCAGCAGCAGCGCUUCCGGCUUGUUAACUGCUCUCAAUGAUUCGUCCGUAAAUUCUCCGCCUCAGCUACCACCGAGAAAACCUUCUUCCUCUAUCGUAGAUGUAGAGAGAACUUCGAGGCUGUUUUCCACCCUGGAUAUCUACUGUAGCAGAAAUGAGGGCAGACGUUGCGGGAGAAAUGCGUCCGAAACGAAUACUCUCGAAGACUCUCCCGGGCAGAUUUGUCAAGCUGCGAACAACGAACUGAUAGAUCGACAGGAUCGUGAUGGUUCUAAGUCGCCUGAGGAAAAAGAUGUCAUCGAGAGGCUCGACGGUAAAGGUUCGUUAGGAUCGGAGAACUAUCAGACUAGCAGACUUCCAGUUAUCAGAAACAGACCUUACACUACUGAAAACAUCGUCGUGAAGCUCCCUAGGGAAAGUUCCGAUCAGUGUUUAGGUAUCUUCAUCGCGAAGACGGCGGAGUCCAGUCCAGGUUACUUGGUGGCACACGUAGUACCCAAUGGUCUGGCUGAUAAAGAGGGUACCUUGAGGAUAGGCGACGAAAUCUUGAUAGUUAAUGGAAAAAGACUGCGAGGAUUAAGUAUGGUCGAGGCUAGAAAGAUUCUUGGAAGCGGGAAUGGUCCUGGCGACGUGGACAUCGUCGUCUCAAGGUAUUCCGCCGUAGACCAAUCCCCGAAAAAACUGACAGAGAGCAGCGUAGAUUACGAGAACGUUCACAUGGAAAAUGGUCAUGGAGUUAUAGUCGAGAAUUCGCCUAGUACGCACUUUAGAAAGCAUCAAACGAAGCAUCAUCGAGAUAGAAAGAAUGAAUGCAACAGAUCCACUUCUUCGGAUAAGGCCAUCGUGAGUGUGGACAAUGGCGGAUCACAGAGCAUUUCAAAUUUUUGUACAUUGCCAAGGAGACCUAGGAACACUGUUUCGACGUUCCUGACAGUCGUGUUUCAAAAAGGUCCUGGGAAGAAAUCGCUGGGGUUUACUAUCGUGGGUGGAAGCGACAGUCCUAAAGGAAGCAUCGGUAUCUUUAUAAAAUCGGUAUUGCCAGGAGGGCAAGCCGCGGAAGAUGGCCGUUUGCGUGCGGGUGACGAGAUCUUGGCAGUGAAUGGCCACGUUUGCCACGACUUGACCCAUAAAAAAGCCGUUCAGCUAUUCCGUAACAUCAAAACUGGACCGAUUGCCUUGCAUCUUUGUAGACGCGUUAAAAAUAAGGAAUUACAGACAACGAAGGCUAAGUCGUGCGCAGAUCUUUUGCUCGUCGACACGUGAAGAGAAGCUGUACAAGAAGAUUGUAAAAACGAAGAACAUACUUUGUGACCUCUGUAAAAAUGAAUUGGGAACCUGUAUAUAUUGUAAAUUUGUAAAGUCCCUUGAAAAUAAAAUUAUUAUUUAAUAACUGUUCAAAA